UGCUCAGCUUCUAUCCGGGAGGGCGGCCGAGGCUUCGGCGGCGGCCGGGGCGCCGGCUAAGGGGCGCUGAGGCGGGAGCCGUGGUGGCGCUGGGCGCCCCUAGCCCCUCGGCCUCUGCGGGUCAUGGGCUCCGAGAAAGAUUCUGAGUCGCCGCGGUCAACAUCCCUAUACGCGGCCGCGCCCGACCCCAAGUGCCGCAGCGGCGGCCGGCGCCGGCGCCUCACCUUCCACAGCGUCUUCUCCGCCUCUGCCCGCGGCCGCCGCGCCCGGGCCAAGCCACAGGCCGAGCCGCCGCCCCCGGCCGCGCCGCCGCCGCCGCCCGCUCCGGCCCCCGCCGCGGCCCAGGCCCCGCCGCCCGAGGCGCUGCCCGCCGAGCCGGCAGCCGAGGCCGAAGCAGAGGCCGAAGCGGCAGCCGCGGGGCCGCCUGGGCUCGAGGAUGAAGAGACGGCGGAGGGCGGCGGCCCGGGCGCGGAGGAGGUGGAGUGUCCGCUGUGCCUGGUGCGGCUGCCGCCCGAGCGGGCCCCGCGCCUCCUCAGCUGCCCGCACCGCUCGUGCCGGGACUGCCUCCGCCACUACCUGCGCCUGGAGAUCAGCGAGAGCCGGGUGCCGAUCAGCUGUCCCGAGUGCAGCGAGCGACUCAACCCGCACGACAUCCGCCUGCUGCUUGCCGACCCGCCGCUCAUGCACAAGUACGAGGAGUUCAUGCUGCGCCGAUACCUGGCCUCCGACCCCGACUGCCGCUGGUGCCCAGCCCCCGACUGCGGUUAUGCUGUUAUUGCCUAUGGCUGUGCCAGCUGCCCAAAGCUAACCUGUGAGAGAGAAGGCUGCCAGACUGAGUUCUGCUACCACUGCAAGCAGAUAUGGCAUCCAAAUCAGACCUGCGAUAUGGCCCGUCAGCAGAGGGCACAGACUUUACGAGUUCGGACCAAGCACACUUCAGGUCUCAGUUAUGGGCAAGAAUCUGGACCAGAUGACAUCAAGCCGUGCCCACGAUGCAGUGCUUACAUUAUCAAGAUGAAUGAUGGAAGCUGUAAUCACAUGACCUGUGCAGUGUGUGGCUGUGAAUUCUGCUGGCUUUGUAUGAAAGAGAUCUCAGACUUGCAUUACCUCAGCCCCUCUGGCUGUACAUUCUGGGGCAAGAAGCCAUGGAGCCGUAAGAAGAAAAUUCUGUGGCAGCUGGGCACAUUGAUUGGUGCUCCUGUGGGGAUUUCUCUUAUUGCUGGCAUUGCCAUUCCUGCCAUGGUCAUUGGCAUUCCUGUUUAUGUCGGAAGGAAGAUUCACAGCAGGUAUGAAGGAAGGAAAACCUCCAAACACAAGAGGAAUUUGGCCAUCACAGGAGGAGUGACUUUGUCAGUCAUUGCAUCCCCAGUGAUUGCUGCUGUUAGUGUUGGUAUUGGCGUCCCCAUUAUGCUGGCAUACGUCUAUGGGGUUGUGCCCAUUUCUCUCUGUCGUGGAGGUGGCUGUGGAGUUAGCACAGCCAAUGGAAAGGGAGUAAAAAUUGAGUUUGAUGAAGAUGAUGGUCCAAUCACAGUGGCAGAUGCCUGGCGAGCCCUCAAGAAUCCUAGCAUUGGGGAAAGCAGCAUCGAAGGCCUAACUAGUGUGUUGAGCACAAGUGGAAGCCCCACAGAUGGACUCAGUGUUAUGCAAGGCCCUUACAGUGAAACAGCCAGCUUUGCAGCCCUCUCAGGGGGCACAUUGAGUGGUGGCAUUCUCUCUAGUAGCAAGGGAAAAUACAGCAGGUUAGAAGUCCAAGCCGAUGUCCAAAAGGAAAUUUUCCCCAAAGAUACAGCCAGUCUUGGUGCAAUUAGUGACAACGCAAGCACUCGUGCUAUGGCCGGUUCCAUAAUCAGUUCCUACAACCCACAGGACAGGUAUAGCAUGACCUAUGCAUGACUCAGCACAGUGGAUUUUGUCUCCACAGAGAAUGCAACAAUAUGGAAAUCCAAGUGGACAUUGAAGCCAAACCAAGCCACUAUCAGCUGGUGAGUGGAAGCAGCACAGAGGACUCACUCCAUGUCCAUGCUCAGAUGGCAGAAAAUGAAGAAGAAGGUAGUGGUGGUGCUGGCGGCAGUGAAGAAGAUCCCCCCUGCAAACACCAAAGCUGUGAACAGAAAGACUGCCUGGCCAGCAAAGCUUGGGACAUCAGCCUGGCCCAGCCUGAGAGCAUUCGCAGUGACCUGGAGAGCUCUGACACACAGUCAGACGAUGUGCCAGACAUCACCUCAGAUGAGUGUGGCUCCCCCUGCUCCCAUACUACAGCCUGCCCCCCAACCCCCAGAGCCCAAGGUGCACCGAGCCCAAGUGCCCAUAUGAACCUCUCUUCCCCAGCUGAGGGACAGACUGUAUUGAAGCCAGAAGGUGCAGAAGCCAGAGUAUGAAGUGGAAUGAAUGCUCCUGUUCUGAGAAGCACACUUGUAACUGCAUCUUUUGGAAUCUUUUUUUUUUUGGGGGGGAAGGAAGGGCUGGGGAGGGGGGUGGAUUUAUGUACUUUGUUUCAAAGAUUCUCUGGUCAGGUUUUCCGCAGGGAAGUUCUGAGAAAUUUGCAAUUUCUUACCAGAUAAAACAUGAAAAAUUUACCCUUAAGUCUCCCUCCCCUUGCCCCUACCCCCCAUUUUUAGUUUUAAUUUAUUGGUUAAACUGAUGUUGGCAAUCCGUGAGGUGUGUCAAAGAGUGUACAUAUGUAUGUGUGUAUAUUGUAUGUAUGCUAACAUAUUAUUGAAGGACACAUUUUAAUAAAGAUUUCUGUUGCAAUUC